AUUGUAUUCAUGCCUUAUCGGUUCUCAAGUAGAAGCACAAGAAUUUCGAAAGAAAGAAAAAGGAAUUCUAUUUGAUAAGUAAGCCUUAUUGAAUCGACCCAAAAGGUAGCUUUAGAAUAGUUUAGUUUGUACACUUAUUCCAAAAGGCUGUGUAUUAUAACAGGAAACACGCCAAAUUAACGGUGAAAUCUUAUACACGAACGCGAUUGUUUCCUUCCCAUAUUUUUUUGUUUCAAUGUAAACAUCUUUGUUUAUUCAAUCUGAAAAUAGACUUCGCCACUUCAGGUGUGGUGGAGACCGAUCAAUUGAACAAAACCUGGAUUACAUGUAAACAAACAUCGAAAAAGUAAACAAAACAUGGAUGUUGUUUACAAAUUUCCUUCUGAAAAGAAUUUCCAAUAAACAAUUACCUGGUGCUCAACACUUUCUUUACGAAAAUACUGUUUUUAUAAGAACAAGUCCAAAGUCUGCUUUGGAAAUUCAUUGUUAGUAAUAAAUCCAAUUCGUUCUUGAUAAUUAUUCAUCAAGUUUGCAACAUUAUCGAUAUGUCAGACUCUCAGCCCAUAUCACCUUCUUUUGAAGCACUUAAAGACAGCAGCAAGGUGGAUCCUGCAUCUACUGAUGAUGAAAUUACUAAUAAUACCUUUCCUGACAAGGAGCGAGGAGUGAAUAUUGAUCAUUUGAGCCCUUCUAUUGCAAUCUCAGAGCUAACAGAUACUGCCACGGAGAAAAUGGAAGAGUUAACCGUUGAUCCUGAAACGGAAGAAACUCAAAACAAUCGGGACAACGCAGAUCAGGAGGAGCAGAAUGCAGAGCAGGAGGAAAAUGCAGAGCAGGAGGAGGACAAUGUAGAGCAGGUGGACGAAGACGACUCCGAACCCUCACAAAUUGAGAAAACAGAGGAAACUCCUGAAGACGUAAAUUCGAGAAAGAAUGAAACAGAAAUGGCUUCUGCUUCUGCUUCACAAAUGAAAAGCUCGAAAUCCAUAAAGUCCACAAAGUCCAGGAAAUCCAUGAAAUCUGUGAAAUCCAUGAAAAAGGAUACGGCACUCAGCAACGCUCUAGUCCCCUGUAAUCGAAUUGGAAUUAAUGACUUUAACCAACAGUAUUACAGAAAGACAUGCAAGGAUGGCAUUCAUCUAAACUUGAUCGUCGUUGGUGAAUACAGUCUAGGAAAGACCACCUUCAUCAAGUCCUUCUUGCAAAACAUGGAUGAGACAAGACCGAAACAUACUCAUGAAUUCACCCCGUAUAAAGCAGAAUUGUCAGAUGGAGAACAACUUUUCCACGUCAACAUCAUUGAUACACCUGGCUUCGGCGAGAAAAGUGACAACAGCAAUUGUUGGCGACCUAUUGCAGCAAACAUACUUCAGCGCUUGAAUGAGUACUUUGAGAAUGAAACGAAGCCACAGAGAAACCCUUACUACAAUGAUAACAGAAUGCAUGCUUGCCUCUUUUUCUUAAAUCCCAAUGGACAUCGACUCCAGCCGCUCGAAAGUUACCUCAUGAAAAAAAUCGACCGGUUUGUAAAUGUCAUCCCUAUCAUUGGAAAAGCAGAUACAAUGACUCCUGAGGAACUGGAAAACUUCAAGGAGCGUAUUGCAGAGGACUUGAUUAACGAAAAAAUAUAUAGCUUCUCGGAACAUUCUGAUAAUGACAAGAAAAGCAAGAAUUCUCUUCCAUUUGCUAUAGUUGGUUCCAAUCAAUAUAUUGACAAAGAUGGAAAACCCAUUCGUGGUAGACAAUAUCCUUGGGGAACUGUUGACAUUGAUGACCCCGAACAAAGCGAUUUCUGUCGACUUCGAAAUUUCUUAUUGUACACGCAUAAUGAGGGACUACGCAAUAAAACCCAUCGUCUCAUCUACGAUACUUUUCGUCAAGAAAAGCUAACAACACUGAAUGAGCAAUCUGACUUCAAGUUCAUAAGUGCUGAAGAAGUUAACAAGCAAUAUAUUCAGAAACAAUUACGAUUGGUUGAGGAUGCAUUGACGAAAGGCUUGAGAUCGCAAUUUAAAGAAAAAGAAAACAACCUCGAGCUUAUGGAAAAGCAUCUUCGAACGCACCAUAAGGAUUAUAAACAUGUCCUUAAGAAACGAAUGGUUAGCUUGGAAGAAGAAAAGAAUCGUUUAAUUAAGGAGAUUGGACCCGAUAAAAUCCGAAAGGCAGGUAUCGUUAUAUAAGCAUAGUACCUUCUCAUACUGUUUACGCGUUGAAGGAGUUAGUCCAAGCUUGUACUUACUUAACUUUAUUCACGAGUCAUAAAAGUACAAAUAGUAUCUUUUAGAGUAUACUUUUUCACGUUACGUAUGUCCAUUAUGACAGAUAAUUAAUGGAUUAAGAUCAUAAAUGAAUAUCGUUAAACUAGGUAUGAAUGCAGCAUUCAAUAUUCGCCGAA